AUGGCUUCAGGCACCCACUCGCCAGACGUCACGGGCGCCGACUUCUCGUCUGGCGGCACCGGUGCUCGCUUUGCACGUGCUGUCAUCAUCGUAGCAGGCGUAUGUGCUCUUGUCGCGAGUCUGGUUACUUUCGUUGCUGUCUGGUUACAAACGAAGAACUACCGCAAGCCGGUGCUGCAGCGAUAUGUCGUCCGUAUCCUGCUUAUGGUCCCCAUCUACGCAGGCGCAUCAUGGGCCAGCUUGGUAUCGACCAUGGCAGCGUCCUACGUGGAGCCCUUCAGAGACGUUUAUGAGGCCUUCACAAUCUACACCUUCCUCCAGCUGCUUAUCAACUUCAUCGGCGGCGAACGCGCCCUCAUCAUCCUCAUGACCGGUCGCGCACCUGUAUCCCACCCAUGGCCUCUCAAUCUCGUUUGCUCCAAGAUCGACAUAUCCGAUCCAUAUACCUUCCUCGCUAUCAAACGCGGUAUCCUGCAAUACACUUGGGUCAAGCCGCUUCUGUCUGUGGCUACCAUCAUCAUGAAGGCUACCGGCACAUACCAGGAAGGAUACAUAGGCGUGACCUCCGGUUACUUCUGGAGCGGCAUCAUCUAUAACGUCAGCAUCACCAUCAGUCUUUACGCUCUAGCCAUGUUCUGGGUGUGCAUGUCCACCGACCUCAAGCCCUUCCGGCCCAUGCCCAAGUUCUUGUGCAUCAAGGGCAUCAUCUUCGCUUCUUACUGGCAAGGAUUCUUCCUUUCCAUCCUCGUCUUCUUAGGGGCUAUUCCAGAUGACGUACCUGGUUACAGUCCUGACAAUCUGGCCGCUGCUAUCCAGGAUGCUCUUAUCUGCUUUGAGAUGCCACUCUUCGCACUUGCCCAUUGGUAUGCAUUUUCCUGGCACGAUUACGCCGACGAUACCAUCUCGGCUGCGCGACUGCCCGUCAAAUAUGCCUUGCGUGAUGCCUUUGGCCCUCUCGACCUCAUCCAGGAUACCAAGGAAACCUUUGCUGGUAAGAACUAUGAAUAUCGGUAUUUCGAUGCGCGCGACAAUGUGUUGGCGCACGAGGAGUCGGCGUCGCGUGCUGCACGUAUGGCCGAGGGCAUGAGAUACGAACGAGGAGGAAAGGGCAAGUACUGGAUCCCCAAGCCUGGACAAGGGUCGGAGCAUGAACCACUUCUCAGCAAAGUCACAUCGAGCCGCGCCAGAGCCAUGAGCCCAGGGCCACACAAGGCUAUAAAGGGCGAGGGUGCUAAGUACGGAACGCCCGACACCGUCGAAGAGCCUAGCCUGGAUGCCGAGGAAGAGCGCUUAUAUGAUAACGCUCGUGAGCUUGAGUUUGGCGACUGGAACUAUCCCGUCAUCGAAGCCCACCGUCCAUCUCGCGAAGACCGCAUGUACGCCGACCCGAACAUUCUGACUGCAUCAACCAAUCGAAACCUACUUCAACCCACCAAGGAGAACAAGCGGAGAAGGAAGAGUCAAAUUCAGGAUAUCCAAGAAUCUGUAAGCAAGGGCAAACAGCGCGAUCAGUCGAGCAAUGGAGAUUCAUCUCGCUCCAAGUCACCGCACUCCAAGUCGCGCGCGCCAUUUGCCAACCUCCUUCGUCAAAAGUCUUCUUCGUCGAGCUCAGCCAAAUCCGACAAGAGCCAGCUCGUGGAUCUUGUUGUGGAGGACCAUCAAGCAGAAGAAGUCGAUCGUGUCAGAGCACGUAAGGAAGGUGGCCCAGGAUGGAAUGAAGUCCCCUCUAAGCAUUUUGUUAAAACAUACGAGGCAGGUGAAGAGGAAGAGGUUCGAGAGGGCUUCAACCCAGAUGAGGCUGAGCCACAGAACCCGGAGGCUGAGCACAACCUAAACUACCCAUUCACGGAGAACCAAGGCGACGAGGAGCAGAGGAAACAUGAUAUCAAGCCGCACAUCGCUAGCGAAGCCAACCAUUGGGAAACGCGCGAUACCAGCGAUCAGAAGACGCAGAACGAACACGAGGAUCACCCCAGUCCGUCUUACGGCAGUUUCAGAGACGAGCGCAAUGCCUGGAAUGCCGACUGA